AUGCAGCUACGCCACGUGUAUGUCGAGGUGCCAACAGCGGAAGCUUCGUCCGGGUCGAGUCGGAAGCUGCUGGCGAUCUUGGCCACGCCAGACGACCACAAGGAAGGCGACUUCGACGAAGUGAUGCUGUAUCUGCACGGGUUCCCAGACAUGGGCGUGCACCCAACCAAGGUGGACUUUGCGUCGCGGGUGCCUGCCAAGCUGGCCGAGUUCUGGCUGAACCCGCAGCAAGAGAAGAAGAACGUGGCCUUCAUGACCUUCAACUUCGGCGGCGUCCCUGGGUCGGACAACGAGCUGCUCUUCACGGACAAGACCAUCUCCCAGGAGGUGGAGGAUAUGAUCGUCGUGUGCAAGUACAUCCGCUCGAGUCUACUGGGCGGUAAGGGGAAGCUGCACGUGGUCGGGCUCUCCACUGGAGCCAUCCUGGGUGCAUUGCUGCGAGACAAGAAGGUGUCGGACUCCAUCACGGUGAUCGCGGGCUUGCUGAGCAUGACGAAGGGCGUCCACUUUGACUUCAACCAGCAGCAGCUGGAGCAGAGCGCAGCUCAGGGCUGGUGCUGGAAGGAGUUCUACCUCGAGGACGGCUGUCCGCUGCCCAAGAACGUGGAGCUUUCUCUCGAUGGUGUCCACUCCACGACCGAGUUGACCGACGCGACUGCGCCCUCGAAGAUCUACGUGCAUCUGGACCAACGAUACAUCAACGAGUACUACGACGGCUCGCUGGACAUCCUUCGAGCUGUGUCGGGGCCCGGUCUGCCUCCGCUGCUGGUGAUUCACGGCGACGCCGACGUUGACGUGCCGUUCGAGAAUGGCGAAGAGCUCUUCGCUGCUGCCGCGGAGCCCAAGACUUGGCUGGCCAUCCCGAAGGCCAACCACCUGCUGUCCAACUCCAAGCACAUGAAGAAGGCGCUGCGUGCCAUCGGUGACCACAUCGCAGCUAUGGACUAA